AGCCGGGACCUCUGGUUCCGCCAAGCUGGCGUCUGCUCCGCGGUGUGGGUUUUCACUCCCGUGUACUUUUCUCCUGUUUUUUCGGCUCUGUCCUUUGAUAACCGCCAGCGCUGGCUUGGAACACCCUGAGAGUUCUUCCUUACCAGUAGUACCUCCUUUUUUAGUUCAAGACUGAAGCUGAAGGAAGUCACCAUUUGGCUGAAAUUGGGACAGGAUUUCCCAAACUUCCUUCGGGAAAAAAAUAACGGUGGACGAGAUUGAAUUCCUAGCUGUUUGGAUACUUAAAGAAGAUUAUUUGAAGACUGCUUUUGGAAUCAAAUAGCAUGGAUCCCAGCAGUGACUACCAUUUCCUCAACCAGAUUUUGUGGAGAAGGGUGAAACUCACAUUGGUGUGUGGCAUAUUUGAGGGAGUACUCCAGCAUGUGGACCCUAACAAGAUUGUUGUCCUGAAGAAAGUGAAGAAUGUGGAGACUGGUCGAAGUGUUCCAGGAGUGAAGAUGUUUUUUGGGCAUGAGAUUCUGAACGUGGAACUACUGGAUGAAGUGGAACAGGAUGCGAUGAGAGAAAAGGCAUCUUCUGUCAGUCUAAAUACAGAAAGAACCAGAAUGGAUAAAGGUGAAGAGCUAAACAUAUGUGAGCCUCUUUCUCCUGCCUCUGAACCACCAACCACCUCUCUGCUGAGUGACCUCAAGUACAGCCCAUCAGAGGAAGAAGAGGUGACAUACACAGUCGUAGAUCAGUUCCAGCAGAAGUUUGGUGCCGCAAUGUUCCACAUCAAGAAGCAGACUGUCCUGAGUGUGGCAGCAGAAGGUGCUCAUGUGUGUCGUCAUGGAAAACUAUGUUGGCUUCAGGUGGCCACAAAUAGCCGAGUUUACUUAUUUGACAUUUUCCUUCUGGGAAGUCGUGCUUUCAACAAUGGACUUAAGAUGGUAUUAGAAGACAAGAGAAUUUUGAAGGUUAUCCACGACUGUCGUUGGCUUUCUGAUUGCCUCUCUCAUCAGUAUGGAAUUUUGCUGAAUAAUGUCUUUGACACACAGGUAGCAGAUGUCCUUCAAUUUUCCAUGGAAACAGGUGGCUUUCUUCCAAACUGCAUCAGUUCUUUACAGGAGAGUUUAAUCAGACAUCUUAAGGUAGCCCCUAAAUAUCUCUCCUUUCUGGAAGAAAGACAAAAACUAAUUCAGGAAAAUCCAGAAGUGUGGUUCACACGACCUCUUUCACCCUCCUUACUGAAAAUUUUGGCCCUGGAAGCUACCUACCUACGACCCCUUCGUUUGGUGCUCCUGGAUGAGAUGAUGUCUGAUUUAACCACCCUUGUGGACGGGUACCUAAACACCUACCGAGAAGGGUCUGCAAAUCGCCUGGGAGGCAUAGAGCCUACAUGUAUGGAGCUUCCAGAAGAACUGCUUCAACUCAAGGACUUCCAGAAGCAGCGCAGAGAGAGAGCUGCAAAAGAAUAUAGGGUGAAUGCACGAGGACUCCUAAUAAGGACAGUGGUCCAUCCAAAGAAAUCAGUGACAGAGACAGCGGGGAAAGAGGGGCAAGUAGGGGUUUCCUUACUUUGUAAAAACUCUAUGCUAGAUGAAACUCCAAGUUUUACAUCUCAUCAGGACGUAAAUUUGCUGAAGGAGGACUCUCAAAGUGAACAAACUCCCGCAGAACCUCAGCAUCCACCUCCCGUGAAGGAAGAAACCAGUGAGGAUUGUAUCAACAAACUCAUUUGCCCUGAGUCAGAGGGGCUAGAGGACCAGAGGAUAAUUCAAAAAGAACAUGGUAAGAUACCCAAACAGGGGUUUCAGACAAGUUUAUCUUUGAAAGAGGGGAUAGAACAAUUACUGACGGUGGAAAACAAGGAAAAUCUAAAAUGCACAAAAGAAGAGGUUUCAGUGUCUCCUUCCCUUCCUCAGGAAACCGGAGUGUCUCCAAGUGACACCUUUCAUCCUUUUAGAAAAGCUGUGCUUCCCACACUUCCUCCUUGUCCAGCCUUGGAGAAAACUGAUUCUUGGAUAAAUACUUCUCCAAAUUUAUCUUAGAGAUGUGCAAUUUAUUCUUGAGAUGGUGAAGGUGGCUCAUUUCCUCUACCAAUAGGGCCUUCAUCAGUGCUUAAGUUUGCAUGUUGUAAAUUUAGUUUUGCCUCAAUCACAAAGGAAGGAAGGCUUCAGCGAAAAUUAUAUCCUCUUGCUUACUCCUGCGUGCCUAGAAUUUGAUUAGGAGGGAAGGAAUAAGUUAAAUAACGGAAGGAGUAAAUGUUUUGAUUAUGUCACUGUGCAGGAACGUUCCCAGUGGUCAGAGUGAAUGAUUUCUCAUAAUUUGGGUUUAGAGGAUUUGAGGAAGGAAAAAAAUCUUGGGCUUAGUAUCUGGAAGAAUCUAUACUUUUGAACUGGUUUUUUUUUUGUUUGUUUGUGUUUUUUUUGGUUAAUGUAAGCUCUAUGCCCAAAGUGGGCUCAAACUCACAGUACCAAGUUCAAGAGUUGCAUGCUCUACCAACUGAGCCAGCCAGGCGCCCCUACUUUUAAACUUUUGUUGUGUUUUUUGGUUUGAAGGGGGUUGCUAAAAGUUGUAUUAAUAAAUUAAAAAAAAUUGGUACCUGAUAACUUUACCAGUACUUUUUUCUUUUUAAAAAUACUCUAAUUUGUCAAUUAUACCUCAAAACUGAAAAAAAAAUACUGACUUUAGUUUUGAAUUUUUAUGUUUUGUCUGUCUUAUGUCAUAGACAAACACUAGUUAAUGUUAUUACAGGAAUCAGUAUCCCAGUUUUCAUUUCUUUUAAUUCCAUUUACUUUUAGGAGGUUUUGUCCAUUUUUGUAACAAAGACAAGACUUCUUUUGAGUACGUCUGUUAUGUAAAUAUAAAGUUUGAUUCCCCUCUAUUUUCCUGGAGUUGGUAUACUUUCUUUUUUUGUUUAAAAUUUAAAUAAAUAAAUAAAAAAUAAAAAUUUUUAAAAAAUCUUAUGUAGGCUCCACUCCCAAUGUGGGGCUUGAAGUUACAACCCUGAGAUCAAGAGUCGCAUUUUCUACUGACUGAGCCAGCCAGGUGACUCAGUUUGAUAUACUUUCUUAGGGUGAAAGGAAGUCAGCUUGUACUGAGCCCUUUUUAUAUUGAAUACUUGCAAGUUGCUCACAUUCUUUUGUGUAUAAUAACCAAUAAACCUGUUGUGCCA